GAGAUCGCAGUGAUCCUCUCUCUCUCUCAUCCGUCAUAGCUCGCCGGAGUCCUAUCGCCGACAAAAUCAUACAACCAUAAAAUCCGACUUAUUUUUGAGAGACUUUCUUCGUUGCCGGUAGAUGUGCCUUAUACGUCGAUGGCUUUCGGAAUACCGUCGGACCUGAUCCGGCAAGUCCAGACCUUGAUCCGGGAGGAAGUAGGUCUAUCCUCCUACGACCCUCUUGACCCUGCUCUCCCUACCGUUCCUUCUCUACGUGAAUCAAUCGCCAGUUUCGACCAAUCUGCACCGUCCCUCCGUUGUUACCAUUGCAAAGGCAACCUUCUCAGAGGACUGCAAUCGUCGAUUUGCGUAUACUGCGGAAAGUUCCAGCCCAAAGACGUUCUUCCUGAUCCCAUCAACUUCAAAUCGACGUGUGGCUAUAACUGGUUGCUUCAUUCAUUGGACUUAAAUGGAUCAGAGACUGUGAUCUCAUCCAUUGAAGAAAGUGAAUUGAGCAGAAGACGAACUUCUAAAAAAGAAGUUAUAUUAUCGGAUCUCUUGGAUCUUAAAAUAACAUUCUCUGCUGCAUCAAAUAAAGAUGAUAUCAGCCUUCCAGAAGAUGAGGCUUUACAGAAUAAACUUUCCUUAGAUGUCUCCGGAAACGAAUUUGACAACUUUUUUCCUGAAUCAAGACAGGAAAGUGGUUUUCAUGCAUUUGAAGAGCAUCAAGUGGAAGGAAAACAGGUUGGGAUAAUAGAAAAUAUUGAUCAAGUAAAUCUCCAAACUGAAAAGUUGGCGCAAUUUAAGAAGGAAGAGUCUUUUUCUGGCUGGGAAGCAGAUUUCCAGUUUGCUGAUUCUGGAAAUCAACACGAGACUUCAACAUCAUCUAUAUCUGAGCCACAGCUGAGUUCUCAAGCAGAUCUUUCUGCUCAUUUGGAUUCUGUUUUUGGAUCCAGUAAAGAACUAUACAAAGGAAAUUCAGCAACCGGUGAUUGGACUCAAGAUGAUUCAUGGAAUUAUGCAAAAGAUGCAUCAUCAAUGCACAUGAAGGAUGAAGGGAAAGUUAACACAGCCAUUCAAAGUGGAGACGGUAGUAUUGUAGACUGGUUUACAAAUGAGCAACAACAAGCUGGAACCAUUAAUGAACCAGAGAAUACAUGGGGUGAUUUUGCAGACUUCACAAGUACACAGUACAAAAGAACUGGUGAUCAGAUUGAUGUGGUAGCAGCAGCCCAGCAGGAAAGCGAGAGAGAUUUUGUUGAUUCAAUCAAUGGCUGGAGUGAUUUUGCGGCUGAACAGAAAGAAGAAAUCAAUUUUGUGAGAACAGAUAAUGCCCAAGGAGUUUUUGGUCCAGGAUCAUCAAACACACAAUUUCCACAUACCGAAAAGGACAUUUAUUCCAACACAGUUAACACCACCACCACUACCGCCGGAGAACAAGAAGAUGGCUCCCUUGAUGAUAUGUGGGAUGAUUUUACAAGCUCAACUGUUAUUGACCAACCGAGUGGCGAUCAUAUUGCUGGGUUUCCCGAGCAAAGAGAUGAAAUUAAUUCUGUCAGAACUAUCAACAAUCAAGAGAUGAGUUUUGAUAUUUUCUCUGCUUCAGACAGGUCAAAUGCUGUAGAUUUUGGAGUUGUUGAAAACAAGAAUAGUAAGGAAGAAGAUGAAAUUGAAGAUGUUAACAACCUAUCCAAAAGCCGUGAAGUUGACAUAGGAGCAUCUUUAAUGUCACAAAUGCACGAUCUUUCGUUCAUGCUCAAGGACGAGCUUUCAAUUCCCUAAGUCAUUUUUUUUCCUUUUUUGGAUGAAUUAAAAAAAAAACUGUUGUACUUUGAAAUCCUGUUUUCAUAUCACAUUAAACGGUUGGUGGGUUUAUGGGAGAGGUUCAUUAUGAUUUGUUACAGUUUAAUUCAUUUGGUGGUCUAUCUGUA